UUGAGAAGACAAGAGAAAAAAAACUUAAAUUUAGCCUUCAUAAUCUUUUCUAACAAGUUUUUCUUUUGUUUUCCUUUUGUUUUUUAAUCUUUGAAUGACAAGACGAGGAUAGGUGCAUGCUGACUCCAACGGACAGAAUACAAUCACAAGGACCCGGUGCCAAGACGUUGCCCAACAAAACUAGCCAGCCCGGUCACCAGUCACCGGAACCCACAAAACAAAACCAUCUCCCUUCCUUUCCUGCCACCAGAUCCAGACAAACGAACUCAAUUACACAAAUUAACAUUUCGAUAUGCUCUUCUCCGGUCAAUUGUAAUUCAACAGAUCUACAAUCUCCUCUCGAACAAAGUCCAAAACCCUAAGCAAAUAUCUUCAUCCAAAAUUAUGGAGAUAACAGAAAACGGACAAGACACGUCAUCGGCGGUUACGAGUCUCCUCCCUCUCGCCUCCGUUUCUCAACAACCUUACGUAUCUGAGCUUCUCUCAUUCACUCUCGAUCGCCUCCACAAAGAGCCGGAGUUACUUCGGGUAGAUGCGGAGAGAAUACAGAGGCAAAUGCAGGAGGUAGCGGUGGUGAAUUACCGUGCCUUUAUUGCAGCGGCUGAUGCUUUGCUUGCUAUUCGACAACAAGUUUCUUCUAUUGAUAACCACCUUGAAUCUCUGAUAACUGAGAUCCCAAAGCUGACAUCUGGUUGCACUGAGUUCAUUGAAUCUGCAGAAGAGAUUUUGGAGAAGAGGAAGAUGAACCAAACAUUGCUAGCAAACCAUAGUACAUUGCUCGAUUUGCUUGAAAUCCCUCAACUUAUGGACACGUGUGUAAGGAAUGGAAAUUAUGAUGAAGCCCUUGACUUGGAAGCAUUUGUUUGCAAACUCUCAACCAUGCACCCCAAAUUGCCUGUUAUUCAAGCACUGGCUGCAGAAGUUAGGCAGACCACCCAAUCUCUUCUUUCUCAGCUUCUUCAGAAACUUCGCUCUAAUAUUCAGCUGCCUGAAUGCCUCCGAAUUAUUGGAUAUUUACGUCGCAUAGGGGUAUUUAGUGAGUACGAAAUGCGUUUGCAGUUUCUGAGAUGUCGCGAGGCAUGGCUUACUGGUAUUCUUGAGGAUCUGGACCAACGGAAUGCUUAUGAGUACUUGAAAGGGAUGAUAAAUUGCCAUAGAACGCAUCUUUUUGAUGUUGUUAACCAAUAUCGAGCAAUAUUUGCUGAUGAUACCUCAGGGAGUGAAGAAAACUAUGAUGGUGGACUUCUUUUUAGUUGGGCUAUGCAUCAGAUUACCUCACACCUUAAAACACUUAAAAUCAUGCUCCCAAAGAUAACCGAGGGCGGGUCUCUGUCAAAUAUUCUCGACUCAUGCAUGUAUUGUGCGGUGGGACUUAAUUGGGUCGGGCUGGAUUUUAGGGGCUUGCUUCCACCUCUUUUUGAGGAGGCAGUUCUUAAUUUAUUCUCUAAGAAUAUGAAUACAGCAGUUGAGAAUUUUCAGCUAGUUUUGGAUUCACAUCGCUGGGUUCCAUUACCAGCAGUUGGUUUUCCAUCAUAUAGCAUUGGUGAAGAACAGCAAGAGGAUGUGACCCCACCAUCUUAUCUUAUGGAACAUCCACCUCUUGCAGUGUUCAUUAAUGGUGUAUCUGCUGCAAUGAAUGAGCUGCGUCCUUGUGCCCCAGUAAGUUUGAAGCAUGUGCUUGCUCAAGAACUGAUUAAGGGAUUGCAGGCUGUUUCUGAUUCUCUAUUGAGAUAUAAUGCGACUCGGAUGCUCAGAGACAAUGAAUCUGGACUUUUUCUCUCACUUUGCCGGUCAUUCAUAGAGGUUGCUUACCCACAUUGUGCCACAUGCUUUGGUCGCUGUUACCCAGGAGGAGCUGCUCUUAUUAUGGAUGCGAAGAACUUGUAUGAUGGAAUUGGCCGUUUGCUGGCAACUUCUUCUAGAGAGCUGCAAAGACCUGUCAAUAACACAGAGGGAAAGAAGAUAACAGAAAAUGGGGACCAGCUUGUGGUGGAAAAUGGGGUUACUCCAGAGGUAGAACAAUCAGGGGUUGCUAUUGCUGAUGAAAAAGAUCAGAUAAGCCCCACUGUACAAAUUGAUGAAAAGCAAGGUGAUUCUGCAGCAUCUGUGUGAGAAAUCCAACCCUGUCAUACAUGCAGGAAAAGAAGAACAAACAGCGGUAAAUGCCAAUCACUAGUAUGCUUUUCUUCUGAAUUGUAUCUCGCCAUUUCCUAUAUCAUGUCAAGUGAUGAUUAUUAUGAUUUUUGAAAUAUUAGUUGUGUGAUUACGAGAGGAAGGAUUGUUUCAUGAAGGCGGGCACAAUAAAGCAAAAUGUUUAUAGGCCUAGAUGUUGUAACAUUCAUAGCAAGGCACAUUUUAUGUCCCCUCUUUUUAGGCGAAUACCAGUAAAAAAGGGACAAGUUUUGAUACU